AUGAUUGCAAUAAUUCUGCUAGUAAUCUUCAUCAGCUCUCUGUAUCUUUACGGUACGAGGAACCACGACUACUGGAAGAAGAGAGGGGUGAAGCAUGAGAAACCAAUUCCCCUAUUCGGCAACGACACCAAGCGCCAUCUCCUACAGAAGAACGUUACUCAGAUGGCGGUGGACACAUAUUGGAAGUUUCCAGAAGAACGCUUCGUUGGCUACUACCGAGGAAGCAUACCUGAACUAGUGGUGAGAGAUCCAGACCUCAUAAAAAGUAUUAUAAUAACUGAUUUCAAUAACUUCUACUCCCGCGGCCUCUCUCCUGAACAUAAAGUUAUUGAACCUUUACUGCGUAAUUUGUUCUUCGCGGAUGGAGAUCUGUGGAGGCUGCUACGCCAGCGGAUGAGUCCGGCGUUUACGAGUGGUAAGUUAAAAGCCAUGUUUCCACUUAUCGUCGACCGCGCUGAAAAGUUGCAAGCGAGAGCGCUUGCAGCCGCUGCAUCUGGAACUCCUAUAGAUGCACGAGAUCUCAUGGCACGAUACACAACCGAUUUCAUUGGUGCCUGUGGCUUCGGACUCGAUGCAGAUUCACUGAACGAUGACAAUUCUAGAGUAAGAAAACUGGGCGCUAAAAUUUUCAAUUUAACUCUAUCACGUGCAUUUACAGUAAUACUAAAAACACUGUUUCCUGAUGUGUUCAAGCACCUUAAAUUUCUCGGUCAAGAUCUGGAAGAUGAUGUAGUAAGUUUGGUAAAUGCCAUACAAAAGCAAAGAAAUUAUGAACCAUCAGGCCGUAAUGACUUCAUAGAUAUGCUAUUAGAAUUAAAACAAAAAGGCAAAAUUGUAGUAGAAUCUCUGGAACGAGUGAAGCCAGAUGGCAGCCCGGAGAUAGCAGAACUCGAAAUGGAUAACUACUUGCUAGCAGCUCAGGCCUUUAUAUUCUUCGCAGCUGGUUUCGAAACUUCAUCAUCGGCUACCAGCUUUACACUACACCAACUGGCUUACAAUCCUAGCGUUCAAAAGAAAGUACAAGAAAAUAUAGAUGCAGUAUUAAAUAAAUAUGACAAUAAACUAAGCUAUGAUGCAAUAAAAGAAAUGACAUACUUACAGUGGAGUUUCCAGGAGGGAAUGAGAAUGUUUCCAUCAUCAGGAUUUCUGAUGAGAAGGUGCGUGAAGAAAUACACGAUACCUGGUACUGAUAUAACAAUUGAUGAAGGUGUUAAGGUGACUAUUCCGAUACAGGCCUUGCACAAUGAUCCUAAAUAUUUUGAUAAUCCAACACAAUUCAGACCAGAGAGGUUCUCACCCGAGGAAGUAAGCAAGAGGCACAAAUUUGUUUAUUUGCCGUUUGGAGAUGGACCCCGCUCCUGUAUUGGAGGUCGUCUGGGCCAGAUGCAGUCUGUGGCGGGCCUGGCCGCGGUUCUAGCUCGGUUCACUGUUGAACCGGCUUCAGAAUCCAAGAAGGAGCUGACAUCAGACCCCAAGUCCAGCAUCGUGCAGAACAUCAUUGGCGGUAUACCACUUAUAUUCCGUGAAAGAAAGGACAAAACGUGUUAA